CCCUUCUCGUUCAAAAAUCAUCUAUGCUGGGGGCUUCUCUCUGCUGUUUCCAAUGUUCAUUCCCACACAUAAACAGUGACUGAGGAGAAGACGAAACGUAUUGUUUGUCCCACCGAAAUCGAAUGCAGCUUCCAGUUUUGAGAGCUGCCUUCACUUUUGGGUUUUUUUUUUGGAAAAUUUCAUUAUCUGGAGAGUGCCUCGUUUUCAGAAUACUGGAAGACCAUUACGGCGACAAAUACGCGUCACGCGACGUUUGCGAGAAGUGACGUCCUGCCGAUUGCCGCCUUCUGGGUUCGCGAUCAAUAUCUAGCUGUCCGCACUCUCCGUCGUCGCUGUGCACCUUCACAUCAAUUCUCUUCAAAAAGUGAAUGAUUCAGCACAAGGAGCUGUUUAUACCGUUUGCUUUGUACUCGACGCCGAAUUUCAUGCCAUAGUCAAGCCCAAAUGGUACGAAGUGGAACCAACAACAAGGAGAUUGCAAAGGAAAAAUUGCACGGAAAAGAAAAGCAAAAAGAGAGGGCUUCGCAAAAGAAUGAUCGGAUAGACCUAGAUAGUGCUGGAUCUAGCAGUGCAAGACGACGUGAUAGACGGAGUUCGGAUACGGAUAAAAAUGAAAGGAAACAUUCUGCGAGGCCGACGGACGAAUUAAAACUACUACAGGAUAGCCUUUCUCAGUUUUUUACGCCAUCCACGGGACGACGCUGUCGACAGCCACCGCGCAAGUUUGCCGAAUCUGGUGUGAACAGUGACGAGAGUUUGCAUCUCAACGACAUCGGAGGAAGAGUCGAUUCAAAACCAGAAAUGUCACAAAAGCAUGCGAAUUUUAGUGAGCAUAUGGUCACGGAACCGCUGACGGUUGACAUUGACUCCAAAGCCGAGUUUUCCGGAUCUUGUCCUUCUGUGCACUCAACUUCAUCUGACCCAUCUCCAUCAAGAAGAUUGUGUGAAAAAUUAGUCGAUUCACUGUCACCAUACUUCAGUGCUUCGUCGGAGAAGCGAAGGACUGUACACAAAGGAGAGUUCGCCGAACUACACAGUGGAAAGACAAAAAUAGACGGUACCACAUUGCGCCUGUCGAGUCCAUCCAAGGCUUCUGAUGCCAAAGCCGAGCGUGAUGAAGGGAGAUCGCCCACGAAGUUGGUUCCAUGGUCUCCGAAAAGCCAAAGUCCUCCAGUAAAGCGUGUACGAACCCCCAAGCUCCCUCACACUCCGCAAAGAAGUCCAUACAAAACAAGUAAACGCAGUUCAAUCUCUGCGAAAGUAAAAUCGCGUGGCGAAACUAGUGAAGAUGGUGAAACAACCGCCACGGAUAUGAGUGAACGAGAAAAAAAGGAACGGAGAAGAAUGCGGAGCAAGAGGAAUGCUGCAAAAAGUGACGGCGCGUCGGCUUGUGCAUCAUCACCAUCGGGUGAAAAGGAGAACCGUCAAACUGUGGACAAGGAGGGCAAAAUACCCAUCACCGAAGAAGCACAACGACUGUUUGACACUGUGCAGAUGCGAGUGCAAGAGAGCAUCGACAAAGCAAUCAGGGAUAUUGCUUCAACAAUGAAGGAACCCUCGGAAGAGCCGCGGUGGCCCUUAGCUAUACGAAUAGGGUCCUAUGAAAUCAGUACAUGGUACAGCGCCCCGUAUCCUCAAGAAUAUGCACACGUGCCGAUAUUGCACAUAUGCGAGUUUUGCCUGAAAUACAUGAAGACGGAGACAAUUUUAGCGCAGCAUUUGAGAAAGUGCGAGUGGCGUCAUCCUCCUGGGAAUGAAAUAUAUCGAGAUAACAGCGUAUCAGUUUUUGAAGUCGAUGGAAACGUCUCCAGAAUUUACUGCCAGAAUCUGUGCUUGGUCGCAAAAUUAUUUCUUGAUCACAAAACCUUGUACUAUGACGUGGAACCAUUUCUUUUUUACGUGGUCACAAAAAAUGAUGAUAUCGGAUUCCACUUUGUUGGCUAUUUCUCGAAGGAAAAGUACAGUCAGCAGAAGUUCAACUUAUCAUGCAUUGUCACCCUUCCAUGCUAUCAAAAGCAAGGAUUUGGCCGAUUUCUCAUUGAUUUUAGCUUCCUCCUUUCACGAAAAGAGCAUAUGACCGGUACCCCAGAGAGGCCUCUUUCCGACCUAGGCAGGAUCACAUACGCCAGUUACUGGAGGACCUCAUUGUUUGAGUACAUCCAUGAGCAUGUCCCGAAAAACAGCACAAAGAAGUUGCUUCUCACAGAUCUUGCAAAGGGGACAGGGAUUUCUGUGCAUGAUAUCGUAGAAGUUUUCGACGCCUUAAAAUGGUUCCAGAGGCAUAAUGGCAGCCUUGCUUUGAUUUUCAACUGGACAAUGAUUGACGCGCACUGGAAGAAAGUCAAAUCUGAUAAGUCGAGAAUCUGGCUAAAGGAAUCUGCGUUGAAAUGGAAUCCAUCUGUGUAUACUCCUUCGAAGGACUUUGGUGUUCGAUCUCCUGUGAUAUCUCCUUCAUCGCCUAAUCAAAGCUCAACGAUUACUAGCACUCCAACGGGGGUGUCUCUUGCUGCCGUUGGCAGCACAAUAAAAAAGGGAGCAGCUCCACUGAAAUCCAUUCGUAAAGCAGCUGCAGUCCGUCGCCUCAAGCUCGAUGGUGGAGAUGCAGUAGCACCUUUGACACGCAGAGAAGAAGCUAGGGUGAUUACAACGAGUGAAGAUGAAACAAGUAGUAGUAGCAGUGAGGGGGACGAGCAGAAGACUAGGAAGGAGUGUCGAGAACCGUCAUCUAGGCGUGGUAGACGCGAUGAUUCACCCGACGAGGACAAUGAUACUGAUAGAGGAGCACGACGAAUAAAACGUGAUGCCGUGAAAGCUGCCCCUGCUGCUCGCAAAAAGCCUCCUGCAACAACUUCGGUAUCUAAUGGACGGAAAGCCAGUGGCAGUGGUUACACGCGCCGUGGAAAAGUUGCUUUCGAAGACGAUGAGAGUGGUAGCACCUCACCAACAAUCAGCUCCAGUUCGGAAGAUGACUUGGAUAUCUCGUUUCACAUCGGGAAAAAGCCUCAGAAAGGAAAGGCCCUUCCAAAUCAGAAGAAGAAACGUCCUGUAUCUCGGAAAGUCUCUGGAAAGAGUCCCGGGAAGGUGUUUCCUGGUAAUUAUGGACAGCGAAGCCCUCCUAAGGCAGCUGCAGUAACUGCAUCUCCUUUACCCACAAAUGCGAAGGAUGCUGUAUCCUCAACAGUGCCGCACUGUGACAGUCCUUCCACCUCUGUGGGAACUGCAGCAACUGUUCCCAUGAGAUUAGAUGAUGCAGCGCUGCGGUGCAGCCCUGGGGGAGGAAGAACUUUACAAGAUGUUGAAGCUGAUGAUGAGGUGGCAGCUAUAGUUGCCUCUCCUAUCCCUACGAAACGCCCUCAAACUCAUCAUUCCGCAGCAUUUCCUGCUGUACGACCUGAUACGGGUGCUCAAGCGGGACCGAAACCGAUACAAGUGCACGGGAAAGAUGUUAAAUCAGCGACAGCUAGUAGCGCAGAAACUAGUGAGCAUAGUGAUGAUGAGCCGAGUCACGCUUUGUCGGAAUCGUCUCGGAGCGCUUCAAGUUGCUCCAGUCGCGGAGCUGGAGUGGUCGAUUCUCCUCGACCUAUAGGUGACAGAGUACCAGAUCAUGAGGAAGCAGUAAAUAUGGGAGGAGUUCCCGAUGAUGAUGAUGGGUUUUCAAGGUGUGCUCCUUCGGAGGAAAGUGAUCAUCCACCUCAGCUACAAGCUGAGGCCGUUAUUGCUAGUUCAGCUGGAGGGGCAUCGAGCGAUGAGGCACCACCACGUAUUCAUGGUGACCCUCAAGCAAAAGAGAAUGCCGUUGCUGGAGCACCUCCUAUCGUGCGCGAUGACUACACAGACGAUGAUGAUGCACCACCUCAACUCUCACCAGCAAAUAUUGAGCCGAGAGCCGUACUUCCACGUGAAAUGACUGAAGAAGAAAAGCAGCAGCUUGCUAUGGAUCGACCUCCAAAGGCACCUGCGAUGUUAGACAAGGUGGCCGACGAUGAAAGCGAGAAUAUAUACACGGCAAUGUUACCAGCGCAGUCACUUCCAACUAUGGAACAACAAUGCUCGUCGGUAUCUAGUCAACCAGUCCCUACUCCUUUGCAACAGUAUCCCGCAAGUCUGAAGCAGACAACGCCAGGCAGCGUACCAUCUUGCCAAAUGCCGAGCCAGCACACCCCAGAAAUGCAGCAGCAAACAUUCAUGAGUCCGGUUAUGCAGAAUGUAUGCGCACAGCCAUCAUCAGUGUCUUCAGUACACUCUCAGCACAAUUCUUCCUUGGAACUAGCUGGGGGUACAGGUCCAUCCAGUCAGUCCGCCUAUGGCAACUUGGCUCCGCCUUCAGCUGGAGCAUCGGCAGCUCACUCUGAUCCCAGCACCCCGUUGCGACCAUCAUGCCAAGCGUCGGCUCCUGCUUUUGGAAGUCCUCCACAGCCGGCUUCUAUACAACAGCAAGCACCAGCGCAGGAAAUGCGCGUGAGAACAUCGACAGAAUCAGUUUCUCAACAGCCCUCUGGAGGAUCGAGGAGAAGCGGAGAAUCGUCGAGAUCAAAACAUCGAAGCACACAACAGCAACAGCAGCAGCAGCAACAACAACAACAAUUGCAACAGCAGCAACAGCAGCAGCAUAUGGCGGCUAUGCAUACUAUGUCCUUCGCUGCAAAUCCGUAUGCGGGGAUGGCGGGAGCUGCUCAUCCACAAACAUACUCAACUUAUCCGUCUGCAUAUCCUGCCCAUUUUGACCCAACCACUGCAGGAUUUUCAACCGCGAGUCCUUAUUGGCAAGCAAGCUAUCCGCAAUAUGCAGCCGCAAAGGCUGCGCCUGGCAUGGGUUCCAUGAUGCCUUCAAAUCCUACUGCGUUCCCCUAUCCCUAUCCCAACGGAAUGACGCCGGUGAACGGGCGAUCACAGUCAGGCAGUGGAGGUUGGCCGCGCUAUCCGCAAAGCAUGGCUUCGUUUGGUGGAUCUAGCGCUAACCCAGCGGCUUUUCCAGUAGCUCCAUCUGCCACUGAUUUCAUGUUCAAUCCAGCGGCGGGCUAUUUUGGCAACGGCCCUUAUCCGUUCAACAUAGCAAAGUAACAUUAUAUACUUGGAAUUGUGUUACUGCUAUCUCCUAGCAUCUAACCUGAAUUACCUACAUGACUAUACAUAUGUUCUUCAUUGGAAACUGGAUUAUAUCCUUCAUCGCAAAUGCGAAUGUCGUAUUUGUCAAUUGUACUUGUUAAUCCAAUUUCAUACGGGUAUCUUCUUUGCUGGCACAUUCUAAUACUUGCAUUCACGUUCAUAAUUUUUUAGAACUAACUGCAUUAUAGUAAUCUUUAAUUUCUUUCAAUCUAUUUCGCUACUACGCUGAAUAGUUCGUAGAUGUAUAUAAGAUAGUGAUCUCAUUGAUUGUAUAGUUCCCAGUUUCUAAUUUCCAACUACCCCUGCCUUGGGUCAUUGGCUUCAGUCUUGCUUAGAUGCAAAGUAAAGUCUUAUUGCUUCUAUGAGUACAAACAUAACUUGU